CUGCUCUCUCCUUUCUCUGUCUCUCUCUGCGUGUGUGUUUUACAGGCGGUCUCUAGAGAGAGAAUCUGAGUGGGCUUUCUCUUUCUGGCUGAAGCUCUCUCUCUCUUCUACAAAUCACUGCAAGUGCAAAGAUAAGCUAUGGAAGUUGAAACUCAGGCAAGUAACAGAAGUUCUGUUGAAAAGGAAUGUGAGGAGGAAGCUGCAGUUAAUCAAGCAACCAGGGAGGUCAACUUUGGUGAUUUAAUAUGGGUCCGGCUCCAUGGCUCGACUUGGUGGCCUGCACAGGUUUUUGAUGAGAACACAGUGAGUGGUAGCACUAGACCCGGUAAUAGAUCUGUUGGUGAAGUUCUUGUUCGGUUAUAUGGAAGCUAUAAAUAUUUGUAUGUAGAUCCCCAUGGAAGCCGCUUGGAGUUUGAAAAUAUACUCAAGGAAAGCAAUGGCAGUUAUAGGGAAAUAUUAAAAAACUCUUUAGAUCUGGAAUUUUCCCGCUUCAAAUCUAGAGGUUCAAAGGGCACAAAAUCGAAAUCCAGAGAAAAUACCAUGGCAAGGAGCAGCAAACAAAAGCAAGAAGGGCUGCAGAAGAAACCCAAAACAGAUCAGACGAUCUGUGUGAGAAUGUCACAAAGAAGACCUUCAGCAGCCAGUACAUCCCAACCCUCAGUGAAGAAUGGCAAUUUAGUUUCAGAAAAAGCUGAGGGAGCGAAAAACAACAAGUGGAAACAAGAUGGUGGGCAGAAGAAACUCGAGCCAAAUGGCCCAAGCUAUCUUGUACAUUCUCCCAAGACAUCACAAACGGCAAAGAAUGCUGAGAUGCAGAGGAAAACAAAACCUAGUGGACUGCCAAAAUCUGCAACAAUGUCAGUUGGAAAAUCUCAAGAACUGAGUGCACGGAGAAUCAAAGUCAUGCAAACUCUUGGUUUGGUUGCUCCUUCCGGGUCUCCAUUUGACCGAAAUGGGCACAUUUCUAUGAGUCCAAUUCUUCAUGACUGACUGCCACAAGAUUGACCUAGUGGCAUGUUGUGGAUUUACUACUUUUUGUUCACCUUUCAUCUUCUUGUGGCGGCUAUUAAUAGUUUGAUGUUUUUCAAGCUCAUUUUGCGAAGUAUCAUUCUUUAGAAUGUGGUUAACUAUCAGUGUUCCUGAUAGCUGCAACUAGCUCGUUGGAGUGUACUCGAGUCCAACAAACAUUCCUUGUGAAACUUUCUUCCCUUGUUAAUGAGAAACUAAUCUAUGUAUGAUGACUACCUUCUGCAUAUUGAUGUAUUUAUACUAGGAAAAUAUUUCACCUGACAGGUGUCGCAUUGACAGUCAGGUUUCUACUAUUUGCAACACAGACGGGAGUUGAUAAUAGAAC